AACAUGAAGACUUUCAACCUGAGCAUUCUACUCAGCCUGGCAGUUGCAGUUUACUGCAUGCCAAUAUCACAGGUUACUGAGCAAGAUGAGAAUUUUGCAGAGAGCUACCUGAAGAAAUUCUUCAACCUAACAGAGGAGAGCGGUCCGACUGUCGGACGGGAGUUCAGCCCAAAGAGCAAGAAAGUGAGUGAGAUGCAGAGAUUCUUCAGACUCCGGGUCACCGGGAUGCUGGAUGCUGACACCAUGGCUAUGAUGAAGAAACCUCGCUGUGGCGUUCCAGACGCCAAGGUUUCCCUAUACGCCAUAACUGGAGAACACCUGAAGUGGCAGAAAAACAGCCUUACCUACAGGAUUGAGAACUACACACCUGACAUGACCAAGGCAGAGGUGGAUGACUCCAUAGAGAAAGCGCUGCAGGUCUGGGCCAAAGUCACUCCUCUGAGGUUCACAAGGAUCUACAGUGGCAUUGCUGACAUCAUGAUCUCCUUUGGCAUCAGAGAACAUGGAGAUUAUUACCCCUUUGAUGGCCCUGAUGGCACUCUUGCACAUGCCUUCGCCCCAUCUCCUGGCAUUGGAGGAGAUGCUCAUUUUGAUGAUGAUGAGAAUUUCACCUACCGCUCAAAUGCAGGCUACAUCCUCUUCAUGGUAGCUGCCCAUGAAUUUGGCCACUCUCUGGGCUUGUCUCACUCUACUGAUCCUGGUGCCCUCAUGUACCCUGUGUACUCAUCCAGAGACCCUGACUCCUUUGUUCUGCCCCGGGAUGAUGUCAACGGCAUCCAGUCUCUCUAUGGGGAAAACACUUUGAACCCUGGUCCUGGACCCACAUCUCCCACCACGCCUGAUGCCUGUGAUUCAACCAUGGUCUUGGAUGCGGUUACCACCCUCAGAGGAGAGAUAUACUUCUUCAAGGACAGCUUCUUCUGGCGUAGCUACCCCCAGAGCAAUACACCUCAGCAAAGUUUCAUCACAAACUUCUGGCCUGAUGCCCCGGUCAAUAUCGAUGCUGCUUAUGAGAGCCGAGAGACAGACAGGAUCUUACUCUUUAAGGGUCGUCGAGUGUGGGCUUUCAGUGGCUACGAUCUGGUACCUGGCUAUCCUAAGUCAAUUUCCAGUUUUGGUCUGCCUGAAACCGUAGAGAAAGUCGAUGCUGCUCUCUAUGACGUGGACACUGGCAAGACUCUGUUCUUUGUAGGCAGCAAUUACUACAGUUAUGAUGAGGUCAAUAAGGCCAUGGACCAGGGAUCCCCCAAACGGGUGGAUGAGACCUUCUCUAGACUGACUGGCCAGGUGACUGCAGCUUUCCAGUUGAGAGGUUUUACUUACAUCUACAGCGGACCCAACAUGUUUGAGUACAGCCUGCGGAGCGGGAAGUUGUUCCGUGAGCUACGUAACAGCUACUUCUUACGCUGCACCAAAGAGUAUGGACCAAAACACACAAGUUGCAUUCAACAAGGGAGCAUGACGUCUUUCAGCCUGUGCAUUUUACUAAGCCUGGUAUUUGCAGUUUACUGUGUACCACUAUCAGAAGUUACUGUGCAGGAUGAGAAUUUUGCAGAGAGCUACCUGAAGAAAUUCUUCAACCUAACAGAGGAGAGCGGUCCGACUGUCCGACGGGGGAUCAGCCCAAUGAGCAAGAAAGUGAGUGAGAUGCAGAGAUUCUUUGGUCUCCAGAUCACCGGGAUGCUGGAUGCUGACACCAUGGCUAUGAUGAAGAAACCUCGCUGUGGCGUUCCAGACGCCCAAACUGCCCAUUACUCCACAUUUGGAAACAACCUGAAGUGGCAGAAGAACAGCCUUACCUACAGGAUUGAGAACUACACACCUGACAUGACCAAGUCAGAGGUGGAUGACUCCAUAGAGAAAGCGCUGCAGGUCUGGGCCAAAGUCACUCCUCUGAGGUUCACAAGGAUCUACAGAGGCACUGCGGACAUCAUGAUCUCCUUUGGCACCAGAGAUCAUGGAGAUUAUUACCCCUUUGAUGGCCCUGAUGGCACUCUUGCACAUGCCUUCGCCCCAUCUUCUGGCAUUGGAGGAGAUGCUCAUUUUGAUGAUGAUGAGACCUUCACCCACCGCUCAAAUGCAGGCUACGUCCUCUUCAUGGUAGCUGCCCAUGAGUUUGGCCACUCUCUGGGCUUGUCUCACUCUGAUGAUGCUGGUGCCCUCAUGUACCCUGUGUACUCAUACAGAAACCCUGACACCUUUGUUCUGCCCCGGGAUGAUGUCAACGGCAUCCAGUCUCUCUAUGGCCCAAAUCCUGAUAAGGAUCCCUCUGUACCUGAACCAAAACCUCCCAAGACCCCUGAUGCCUGUGAUUCAACCAUGGUCUUGGAUGCUGUCACCACCCUGCGAGGAGAGAUGCUUUUCUUCAAGGACAGCUUCCUCUGGCGUAGCUACCCCCAGAGCAAUACACCUCAGCAAAGUCUCAUCACAAACUUCUGGCCCAGUGCCCCAGUCAAUAUCGACGCAGCUUAUGAGAGCCGAGUGUCAGACAGAAUCCUUCUCUUUAAAGAUCGUAAAGUGUGGGCGUUCACUGGCUAUAAUCCAGUACCAGGCUAUCCUAAACCACUUACCAGUUUAGGUCUGCCAAGUCAUGUGAGGAAAAUCGAUGCUGCACUAUAUGACACACGGUCUCGCAAAACUCUGUUCUUCGUGGGCAACUCUUACUUCAGUUACGAUGAGGCCAGAAGGACGAUGGACCGGGGAUUCCCCAAACGUAUCAACCAGACCUUCUCUGAACUGACCAACAAGGUGACUGCAGCUUUCCAGUACAGAGGUUUUACUUACAUCUACAGCGGACCGUACAUGUAUGAGUAUAACCUGAAGACUCGGAGGCUGUACCGUGUGUUGAGGAACAGCUACUUCUUACGCUGCACCAACUUCUAAACCAGUUCACCAUCUAAACUUUUUAUAGCCACUCAUGUAGAAUGAGAAUGAAUGUACAACUACCAGUGCCAAAUAAGUC